AUUCAAGAUUUCCUUGUUUCUUUCAAGGUUCAGCUCCCUGUAUAUCUUCCCAGAUGCCUAAAACCUGACCACAUUUUCCCAUCACUGGGUUGAUAUCUAACCAUGCAGCGGAGAUCAAGAGGAAUUAAUACUGGACUUAUUCUGCUCCUUUCUCAAAUCUUCCAUGUUGGGGUCAACAAUAUUCCACCUGUCACCCUAGCAACUUUGGCUGUCAACAUCUGGUUCUUCUUGAGUCCUCUGAAGCCACUGUUGAGCUCCUGCCUUAGUGUGGAGACGUGUUACCAGCAGAAAGACUGGCAGCGCCUACUGCUUUCUCCUUUUCACCAUGCAGACGAUUGGCAUUUGUAUUUCAAUAUGGCAUCCAUGCUAUGGAAAGGAAUCAAUCUGGAAAGGAGACUGGGAAGUAAAUGGUUUGCCUAUGUCAUCGUCACAUUCUCGCUACUCACCGGGGUGGUGUACCUGUUGUUGGAAUUUGCUCUUGCAGAAUUUAUGAAUGAACCUGUCUUCAGAAGGAACUGUGCUGUAGGUUUCUCUGGAGUUUUGUUUGCUUUGAAAGUUCUUAACAACCAUUAUUGCCCUGGAGGCUUUGCCAACGUUUUGGGCUUUCCUGUACCCAACAGAUUUGCUUGUUGGGCAGAACUUGUGGCUAUUCAUUUCAUCUCGCCAGGGACUUCUUUUGCUGGGCAUCUGGCCGGGAUUCUCGUCGGACUAAUGUACACUCUUGGGCCUCUGAAGAAAAUCAUGGAAAUGUGUGCAGGCAAUUUUCCCUCCCCUGUUCAUUACCCAGGACAGCAGUACUACUUUAAUAGUUCAGGCUACUCCAGAUAUCAGGAUUAUUACCCCCACGGCAUGCCAGGUUACUCUGAAGAAGUACCCAGGGACUAUGACGCUUACACAGCAGGACUGAGUGAAGAGGAACAACUGGAGAGAGCGUUAAGAGCCAGCCUCUGGGACCGAGCCUGCCACCAAGUUCAGCUGGCGGCUGGGUGCAAAGCUGUGUCCUUUUCAACUUCUAUCUGCCAGCCUGGAGCAUGUGUACUGGUUAAAGCUGGAAAUCCUUGCUGA